AUGGGCUAUUCUUUCAUUCGUAUUUCUAUCGGUUGCUCAGACUUUUCUCUCAAAGAUUUCACAGAAUGUGAUAAAGAAGGAAUUGACAAUUUCGCUCUUGAUUCCGAAGAUACAGACAUUAUCAUCCCAAUUAUACAGCAAAUUCUCAAGAUUAACCCUUCUGUUAAAAUUAUUGCAACUCCUUGGACUCCUCCUAUUUGGAUGAAGGUUUCAGACCUGUCCACCCUUAGAAGACAUAAUUCCUUCAUUUCUGGUUACCUUGAUCCAAGACUUUACCAAGAAUAUGCUACUUAUUUUGUCAAAUACGUCCAAGCAAUGGCCAAAUACAAUUUUCACAUCUACGCCAUCACAUUACAAAAUGAGCCACUUAAUAAAGGCAACUCCGCUUCUUGUUUCAUGGGCUACGAGCAACAAAGAGAUUUUAUUAAGACAGCUCUUGGUCCACAGUUCGCUGCAAACAACAUUUCGACAAAGAUCAUUAUUUACGACCAUAAUUAUAACUACGAUAACAUUGUUACUCAAGAACAUUAUCCAGUUCACAUUUACGAUGACGCCGAGGCUAAUAAAUACAUUGAUGGUGCUGCUUAUCAUGCUUAUGGUGGUUCCAACACAGAAAUGGACUAUGUUACUAGCAAAUAUCCUAAUAAGAAUUUAUAUUUCACAGAAAUAGCAAUUGGCGAAUGGAAUUACAAUUUCCAGGGCGACUUGAUGUGGAAUACACGUGAAAUCGGUAUUGGAACCCUUAAUAAAGGCAGCAAAUGCGCAAUCAUGUGGAAUUUGCUUCUUGAUACAAACCAUGGACCAUAUCGUCCAAAUGGAUGCUCCAAUUCCUAUGGAGCAGUUGAUGUUAAAGUUCCUGGUUACUCAGAGCUCAUUUACAGGUCUCAUUACUAUGAUAUGGCACAUCUUUCCAAAGUUAUUAAGCCAGACUCCAUCAGACUUGGAACAACAGUCUCAGGAAGCUCAAAUGUCUAUGCUACAUCAGCUAUUAACACAAACGGAUUCAUUGGCGCUGUUUUACUUAAUGAUCAGGACCAAGACGUCACUGUUUCAGUCCACUGUGGCUCCCAUGCAUUUGAUGUCCCGAUGUCAAAGAGAUCUGUUGUUUCCGUCAUUUGGAAACAAUAA